UGGGCCAUUGCGGCCAUCAUCAACCUACAUAUAGAAUACAAUGUUCGUUUAGGAUUGAUAGUGCCCACCGCUAAAGCGACUGUCACCUUCGGCGAUUAGAUUUAUUACGAAUCUUUAGAUGUGCCGAUCUUGGCCAAUAUGUCGCAACUUACAGAGGCGCUCGAGAACGUCAAAGCGCUCACGUUCGACGUCUUCGGGACCGUCGUAGACUGGCGCUCAACAGUGCACGGAGAACUCAUCAGAAGAGCCCGAGAAAAGAUUGCAUCGUCAGCCUUUCACGAACUUUCCGAACCGCUCCAAGAGCGUUUGAAGAGUAUCUCGGACGAAGACUGGGACACUUUCGCACAGGAAUGGCGAGAUACGUAUGUCGAGUUCACUCAUUCUUUUGUGCCGGGGAAGACAGAGUGGAAGGACAUCGACGCGCAUCAUUACGAUAGCCUCGAGGCAUUGCUACACAAAUGGGGCGUGGCAGGUAUGUACACGGGGGAAGAGACUCGCUCGCUAAGUCGCACAUGGCACUACCUGAGACCGUGGGACGAUUCGGCCGUAGGCAUCCAGAAACUCGGGACACGAUACGUCACGGCGACAUUGUCGAAUGGGAAUCGAUCCUUGCUGGAGGAUCUCAACGAGCACGGGGCCCUUGGCUUCAAACAGAUCAUAUCGACUGCGGACUUCGGUGCCUAUAAGCCGCAUCCGUCUACAUAUCGGGGCGCGGUUGACGCCCUCGACUGUGCGCCCAAUGAAGUAGCGAUGGUAGCCGCGCACCUUGGAGAUCUUGAUGCAGCCAGGGCAAAUGGGCUUCGGACGAUUUACGUCGAGCGAGCUGGCGAGGAGUCGCAUAACGAUAGCCGGUGGCAGGAUGCACGAGACUGGGUGGACUUGUGGAUUUCGCGAGAAGACGAAGGAUUUGUCGAACUGGCAAGGCGACUGGGUAUACCCUGAAGCCGGGACGUGACUUCACUACUACCCGAAUAUCUAGCAAAGUUCAGCUUCGUGGUAAAUGCGGCGUGGGCACUGUUGGAGGGAAAGGGUAAUAAAAGCAAUAUAUGGGAUGCAGGUGAGCUGCGAUGUAGGCUAGAGGGGCACAUACUCGAUAUUAUAAGCCACCUGCGGCAACCAUCAUCCACAGUAGUAAGGGGUGAAUAGAGCAUGGUGACAGUACCGGCAUCACCUAGACAGAUCUAGACAGAUGUAAUAUCAGAAAGAAUGCCGUGUGACAGUCUUGGGCCUGAUCUGGUAGGUUCAGGGGCUCUUCGGUUCGACGUGCUUCGUCCUCCACAAGCUACCAGCGCAUUAUCAAUAUGUUACUAUCAUAUGAAGGAGCGGGGAUCCGUGGGCGCAAGCUAGAGGUA